GUCAUAAUAUUGAAAAAUACAGCAUAUAUGUAUUGAAUAUACUCUUGUUCAUGCGAGGUCAUUAUUUUGGUCAGGACAGAAUUUGACUUUAUUAUCGUACAAUUUUCUGAUUGUUCAUCAUUGUUUGACGCUAAAAUUUUUAGUCUCCGGCGAAUUUAGACUUCUUAUAAAUCAAACGGUAUUUCCUCAUACAUACAUCAACAGUUCUUAUUGGUUAUUGAAAUGGAUUCCACCUCUGAAGUUCUGGAAGCUUGCAUUCACUCGCCAAAUUCAACCCUGGACAAUGACGCCAAUAUUACAAAAGACAUUACUAGUGAUGAAUAUAACACAUUAAAAAAUGACACUGAACUCAAAACCACAGAUGAACUAAUUAUAAAACCACUCGAAAAUAUUUUGACGGUUGAUACUGAUACCAUUCAAUUAUCAGAAGAGCCCCAAAUCAAUAAUAUCAAAGAAACCUCUUCAACACGCAUUGAAAACAAUAAUUCAAAAAUCGAUUCAUCGUUGGGAUCGGAUAAUGAAAAUAAUUCAUCCUCUGGUAAUACAACAUCUCUACUUGGAAAGGCUUCUGAUGAAGAAAAAAAAUUAGUUGAGGUUACUAAAGUAGAUGAACAUGAAAUGCCUACUGAAACGGAGUCAGAUGAAGAUGGAACAGAGUGUUUGAAAGAAAAUACUACUGACGAUGAAAAAUGUAUUCCUGAAAGUUACAAAAGUGAACAUGUUCAAAUUAAUUCUCCAAAGGAAGAGGAUCCUAUUGAAAAAUCGAAGGCUGAAGCGAAAUUGUUUUCCGAAAAUCUAAAAAUUGAUGUCAAAAGUGAAAUCGAUUUGCCCAAGAACGAGGAUCCUAUUGAAAAAUCGAAGGCUGAAGCGAAAUUGUUUUCCGAAAAUCUAAAAAUUGAUGUCAAAAGUGAAAUCGAUUUGCCCAAGAACGAGGAUCCUAUUGAAGAAUCGAUGGCUGAAGCGAAAUUGAUUUCCGAAAAUGAAAAAAUUGCUGUCCUAAGUGAAAUCAAUUCGACCAAGAACGAGGAUCCUUUGGAAAAAUCGAUGGCUCAAGCGAAAUUGAUUUUUGAAAAUGAACAAAUUGCUGUCAAAAGUGAAAUCAAUUCGCCCAAGAACGAGGAUCCUAUGGAAAAAUCGAUGGCUCAAGCGAAAUUGAUUUUCGAAAAUGAAAAAAUUGCUGUCAAAAGUGAAAUCAAUUCGCCCAAGAACGAGGAUCCUAUGGACGAAUCGAAGGCUGAAGCUAAAGAAAUUUUCGAAAAUGAAAAAAUUGCUGUCAAAAGUGAAAUCCAUUCGCCCAAGAACGAGAAUGAUUAUAAUAAGCAGAUCAAACAUAUAAUAUCCGACAUAGAUGUGAGUAUUAGAGCUCAAAUGGAAAUAGCCAAACUCAAGGCAGAAGAACAAAAAUUAAUUGAUAAACAGAACGAGUUGACGCAAUAUAUACAACAACAACAGCAAUUAGCUCAGGAGUUAAGUUUACAAAACCAAGUAAAAAUAAAGAAAUUGCAGCAAAUGCCAGUGUUGGAAGCUGAAAAACAGCCGAAAUUAUUAGAAUGUAAUUCGAACACUUUAUACAAAGAUCAAAUAAAUCCUUCAAAGACUGUUGACUUACGGAAAAUAUUUACUCCGGCGACUGACACAAAAGAAAUAUUGCCAAAAAAUCGAAAACUAUAUGCUUCAUCUGCAUUUUAUUCGCCAACACUACACCCUACUGUGGAAGACCAAGUUGAGCUUGCCAGGAGAAUAUCUCACUCAUUGAGUGAUAUCAGUAACCAAACAUCUAAGGGUCAAUCAAUGUAUGUCAAUCGCAAAAAACGCUCUCUAAAAUGGGUUCAUGAAGGUAGUGCUCAAGAAAAACAAAUUUUAGGAGAUGAAAAAGACACAUUAAAGGAAAAUUCAAUCUCGUCAACGGAACUAACCCAGCUGGAAAAAAUACCGCUUAAGCUUAUAAUGAAUCCAAGCGGAAAAGUUCGAGACUAUGAUUCGCUUAAAGAAUUAAUAAACAUCGAAACCGGUCUGUUAUCGCCUGAUAAUUGUGCUGAACUAAUAACUGCAUUGCAACUGCACCAGGGAAGAGGGGCGGAACUGUUUGCAAAACGGCGCAAAAAGGCGAAUAAUUGGGUCAUCGAUGAAACCAAUGCGGAAACUCAAUGUCUUCCGUCUGGUAUUACAGAUUACCAACAGCAUCAACUAAGACCGGCAACAUCUCCCAACAUUUUACCAGCAUAUUCUGAUGCUGCAAAACAUCGAGUUCUGUUAAAUAUUCACCAGAAUCAGGUGAUUAAAAAAUACUCAAAGCCUGGACUUAAAUUCGUGACAUCGCCCUGGGAAGCCGCUUUACAAACUGGUUCCGCAAGUUCAGCUUUUCUGGAACCAUGUAAAAACGAAACGACCACUACACCAUAUUAUUCAGAAAAUGGAGCGAAAGACUUAACAGAUAAUAUACAGCGCACCCAACAUGAUAAUUUGGUUUUCAAUCAGGAAACAGAGAAAAAAAGUGAAAUUGCCUCAUCUUUAUCUUCACAUAGUAUCAAUGUUCCCUCGAAUACACAAAGAAAUCUAGCAUAUAUUCCAAAUGUUGCCCAGGGUUGGGGAGGUCGAAACGUUAAGCUGCCAAAGGAUAAAGAGGAAGAAACAUGUGCCGAAGAAGAGAGUUUGAAUGUUUGGGAGCUAAUUCAAACAUUUGAGAAACGUUCCCUUGUGGAAUUUUCGCAAUUAAAGUCGAAAAAAGAAGGUCUAUUUAUCCCGAAAGAAAUAUCACUAUCCAGUUAUGCACCACCGCCAGAGAUAUAUCAAAAUCAACAUAAAUUUGAACCUGUUCCAAUUUUAAAUAUUUAUUCGUUUGAAGAUCCAAAUACACAUAAUACUAGAAGUGCAUUUCCAUUAAAUGAAACAAAUGGAUCAACUAACAGUUACCAGAAAGGACCAAAAGAAGUGAAGAUCACGUCUCAAGUAACUUUUAGUCCUUCGCAGUUGUCUUCUGAUAAAAUAGCUCGAUUUGAGCAUGUCGACAAAUCAAGUCAAAAAAAUUCGAUUCAACAGUAUCUAACAGCUCGGCCAAAAACGAAUGUACGUAAUGCAUCGCCCACACCAUUUGGGGUUGCAUUUAAUAAAUCGGCUACAAGAUCUCCAAACUCAAUAUCUUCUUUUGGAACGACCCUCUCUCAUCCUUCAACAACGCCAUCUACUAGAUCCGGCCAAUUUUAUAACAGUAAGGCUUCGUCACUAUUGCACCAGGGUCCAACGUCUAAAGCCCAUGCUCAUGGAUGGGAUGCUAAAAAUUCUCAAGAAGAUUAUUGGUGCUCUCCACAACAGCACGAAAAUUUACCAUAUACUGACUUUUAAAAAGAUCCGAUCUACGAAAUGACUUAAAGCAAUGAUAAAAAAUAUGUAUUAAUAUGCUUUCAUAUAUAUAUAUAUAUAUUGUAAUAUCAUUUGUUUCUGAGCUUAUUUAUCAAAAUAAUAUUAAUAAUAAAGUUAAUAAAACAUUGACCAUCUAA